AUGUAUGCCGUUUCCACGAGAGUUUCGCCACGGCAGGAGUCCUACAAGCAGCAGGAGUCCUACGGCAGGAGUCCUACAGCAGCAGGGUCUUACGGCAGAGUCCUACGGCAGCAGGAGUCUACGGCAGCAGGAGUCCUACGGCAGGAGUCCUACGGGAGUCCUACGGCAGCAGGCAGUCCUGCGGCAGGCGUCCUACGGCAGCAGGAGUCCUACGGCAGCAGGAGUCCUAGCGGCAAGGAGUCCUACGGCAGCAGGAGUCCUACGGCAGCAGGAGUCCUACGGCAGGCAGGAGUCCUACGGCAGGCGUCCUACGGCAGGAGUCCUACGGCAGGAGUCCUACGGCAGCAGGAGUCCUACGGCAACAGUCAGGCCGUCCUACGGCAGGCGUCUACGCGCAGGAGUCAGUCCUACGGAGGAGUCCUACGGCAGCAGGCGUCUACGGCAGGCGUCCUACGGGCACUAACGGCAGGAGUCCUCCCAACGGCAAGGAGUCCUAGGCAGGAGUCCUACGGCAUCCUACGGCAGCAGGAGUCCUACGGCAGGAGUCCUACGGCAGGCGUCCUAAGCAGAGGAGUCCUACGGCAGGAGUCCCACGGCAGGAGUCCUACGGCAGGAGUCCUACGGCAGGAGUCCUACGGCAGGAGUCCUACGGCAGGCGUCCUACGGCAGCAGGAAGUCCUACGGCAGGCGUCCCACGGAGCAGGAGUCCUACGGCAGCAGGAGUCCUACGCAAGGAGUCUACGGCAGGAGCAGCAGGUAGUCCUACGGCAGCAGGAGUCCUACGGCAGGAGUCCUACGGCAGGUCCUACGGCAGGGGUCCUACGGCAGGCGUCCUACGGCAGCAGGAAGUCCUACGGAGGAGUCCACGGAGUCCUAGGCAGGAGUCAUACGGCAGGAGUCCUACGGAGGAGUCCUACGGCAAGGCGUCCCACGGCAGGAGUCUACGGCAGCAGGAAGUUCCUACGGCAGGGAGUCCCACGGCAGGAGUCCUACGUGCAGAGUCCUACGGCAGCAGGAGUCCUACGGCAGCAGGAGUCCUACGGCAGGAGUCCUAAACGGCAGGCGUCCUACGCAGCAGGAGUACUACGGCAGGAGUCCUACGGCAGCAGACCUACGGGAAGUCAGUCUACGGUAGCAGGAGUCUACGGCUCCUACGGCAGUGACGGCAGGGUCCUACGGCAGGAGUCAUCCUACGGACAGCCUAGACGAGUCUACGGCAAGCGUCCCACGCAGGAGUACGGCAGCAGGAGUCCUACGGCGCAGGAGUUCCUACGGCAAGUGAGUCCUACGGAGAAGGAGUCCUACGGCAGCAGAGUCUACGGCAGUCAGUCCUACGGUAGCAGGAGUCCUACGGCAGGAGUCCUACGGCCAGGGGUCUACGGCAACGUGGCAGCAGGAGUCCUACGGCAGCAGACAGGAGUCCCACGGCAGCAGAGUUCAUCGGCAGCAGGAGUCCUACGGCAGCAGGCAGUCCUAAUCGGCAGAGUUACGGCCAGGGUCCUACGGCAGCAAGGAGUCCUACGGCAGGAGUCAGCACGAGUCCUACGGCAGCAGGAGUCCUACGCAGCAGGAGUCCUCGCCAGGAGUACGCUUACGGGCAGGAGUCCCUACGGCGCAGGAGUCCUACGGCAGCAGGAGUCCUUUACGGCAAGCAGGAUCCUACGGCAGCAGGAGUCCUACGGCAAGUCUACGGCAGAGUCCUACGAGAGGAGUUCCUAUGGCAGGAGUCCUACGCAUAGUCCUACGGCAGGAGUACUACGGCAGCAGGAGUCCUACGGCAGCAGGAAGCUACGGCAGCAGGAGUCCUACGGCCAGGGUCCCUACUGGCAGCAGGUAGUCCUACGGCAGCAGGAGUCCUACGGCAGGAGUCCUACGGGAGGUCUGUGUGACAUCUUAUCUACAUCUACCAAUAACCUCAGCGAUAAGAUAAUAGACGGCCGCAUAUACAAGCCCAUACCGAAUCCUCGACCUUCGCUCACUCUCAGCUUGGUCUUUGACUCACUGCUCGGAGUCAGGACGCGACCUCCACUCGGUGACCCCUUCGAGUUUUGCGAUGCCUCAGCUUGCGGUGAAACGCGGUCAGGCAACACCUCAUGGUAUUUCCCUGCCUCCGCCACACCUCGCUGA